UCCCACCCUCUGGCUGUUUCGGGCGGCUGCGGCCCGGCUGCAGAAGUGAUGGCGGCUUUGACCGAUGUGCAGCGGCUACAGUCCCGAGUGGAGGAACUAGAGCGUUGGGUGUACGGGCCGGGCGGGACCCGGGGCUCCAGGAAGGUGGCUGACGGUCUGGUCAAGGUGCAGGUGGCUUUAGGGAACAUUGCCAGCAAGAGGGAGAGGGUGAAGAUUCUCUACAAAAAGAUUGAAGACCUGAUCAAAUACCUGGAUCCUGAAUACAUCGAUCGCAUCGCCAUGCCUGAUGCUUCAAAGUUGCAGUUCAUCUUAGCAGAGGAACAGUUCAUCCUCUCCCAGGUGGCACUCUUGGAACAAGUGGACGCCUUGAUGCCUAUGCUGGACAGCGCAUCUAUCAAAGCCGUUCCCGAGCAUGCUGCCCGCCUGCAGCGCUUGGCUCAGAUCCACAUCCAGCAGCAGGACCAGUGUGUGGACAUCACCGAGGAGUCCAAGGCUCUGCUGGAGGAGUAUAACAAGACUACAAUGCUUCUCUCCAAGCAGUUCGUGCAGUGGGAUGAACUGCUCUGCCAGCUGGAGGCUGCCAAGCAAGUGAAGCCAGCAGAAGAAUGACAGCGGCUUGCGAGGCCAGGCCAGGGAAAGGCGGGCAGCUCCAGGGUCCUGUGACAGCCAGCCUGUCUUUACAGGGCAGAAGCAGCUUUGUAUUUAUUGAACGCAAAGACCUCUGUGCUCGACUGGGGCCCAGCGUUCAGAGAUCGGAUUACCUUAGCAUCGUGGUUGGCACACCCCACCUGUGUAUUUAUUCCACUGACAAUAAACCGACCCCUGAAGGAG